ACUACAGGAAAAUUUCUCUCCUGUUCUGCAUGACCAACGACAAUUGCCCCUGGGUUUCUGGUGUGGUGCACAAGGUUCGCCGGCAGAUCGCACAGGACCCCUCUCUGAACUAUGAGUACCUGCCCUCGAAGGGCAUGAGGUCAUUCAUCCAGGCCUCCUUGGAGCUCCUUUUUGGAAAGCACAGCCAAGCCAUCAUGGAGAACAGGGUGGGGGGUGUGCACACUGUGGGUGACAGUGGUGCCUUCCAGCUUGGCGCCCAGUUCCUCAGGAUCUGGAGCCGGGGGGCUCAGGUAGCUUGCAUCAUCUCGUCUCAGAAAGAACCACAUAGACUCAUCUUCAAGGACCUGGACUAUACAGUUUAUGAACAUUCCAUCUGGGAUCCUAAUCAGCUGUGUGCAGACCCCAUCCUGCUCCUCGACGUGGUAGAGCACCUCCCACUUGGCAGUAUCCUUGUGAUUGGAAGCAUUAUCGACUGCAAGUUGACCCAGGGUCAGUGGGCAAAGCUGAUGUUCACCAUCAAGAGCAAGCAGAUAUUCCCGUUUUUUGAUUUUCCCUGCCAAGGCUUAUCUACGGGUGACUUGGAAGAAGAAGCCAUCAUCUUACAGUAUUUUGUGUCUCAAGGCUUGGAGUUCUUCUGCAGCCAGUCUCUGUCCAAAAACUUUGGUAUUUAUGAUGAAGGAGUGGGGCUCCUCGUCGUGGUGACGCUCAACAACCAGCACCUGCUGUGCGUGCUCUCCCAGCUGACGAACUGUGCGCAGGCGCUGUGGCUAAGCCCUCCUGCCACGGGUGCUCGCAUCAUCACUUCCGUCCUCUGUAACCCUGUUCUGCUGGGAGAAUGGAAGCAGAGUUUAAAGGAGGCUGUAGAGAGCAUGAUACUGAUUAAGGAAAAGGUGAAGGAGAAGCUCCGGCUCCUGGGGACGCCGGGUUCCUGGAACCACAUCACUGAGCAGACUGGGAUCCAUGGCUUUUUGGGACUCAACGAUCAACAGGUGGAAUAUCUGAUCAAGCAGAAGCACAUCUACGUCCCCAGGAACAGCAGGAUCAACUUCACCUGCAUCAACACCCACAACAUCGAUUAUAUCACUGAGAGCAUCCAUGAAGCGGUGUGCUUCUCAAAGGACCCAUAG